AUGCCUGAGGUACCGUGCUGCAGCUCCCUGGAAUACCAGGUGGUGGAGGUGGCAGGUGGUGAGACCAGGGGAGCUACCGUGAGCCACCUGUCACCUGACACACAGUAUCUGUUUACCGUGCAGGCCAGGAACCCUCAGGGGCCCUCCUCCUACGUCACUCCCCAUGUCACUGCCACUACCAACGGUGUGUCAGGGGAGCCUAGUGCCUGGCCUGGGGUGACAGCAGGGGGAUCACGCAGCGUGGUGGAGGGCGGUGUUCAACGAAUGCCUCGGUUAACAAUGCUUAUUGUGACGUUAACCGGGGCGGCUCUACUAGCUCUACACGUUGCUCUUAUUGGCUGCUUUAUAAGACGCAGAGCUGCCACACGCAAUGCUUCAGCAUCAUCAUCGACAAAGAACGUGACACUGGACGUGUACGGGCUGACUCCAGCAUCCACACCCGGGGCGACCCACACUGAUCCUCUCCUCUCCCUCACAUCCAUGUCUCCCCACCACCCCUCCAACACCCCUCCACCAUAUCAGGUGGAUCAUCAAACCAACGUGGAUCACGUGGAUCACGUGGAUCGCUGUGAUCCACCAAGUCUGGUGAUUCCGAACGCUGCCGCUCAUCCCACGCCCAUGUCUAUUCCUGCACAUUCAGCCGCCCACACCACACCCACUCCUAUACGUCCACCCACCCAUCCAACGCCUCGCCAGAACGGCAUGGUUGUCGUAAGUCGAGAUACGACCACACUUUACGUCAGCAGCGCCCUUAGUCCCCAGAACACAGGGAGACUUGCCCCUGGGGAGGACGCCCCAGGAGCUGGAGUUGAGGAAAAGUCUCCUGCCCUUCAGGAGAAGGUGGAGGAGCUUCGUCAGGAAGCCACUGGCGAGGAGGAGGACACUUCUCUCAGCUCCAGUACUUACGAUGUACUUCCGUGCGGUCUCCAGCGCCUCCAGCACGAGGUAAAUACCGCUUCUCUAGGAGACCAGACUUCUCUGUCCUCCCACCACAGUGACUACUCCCGCACCUAUGAUUACUCCCAUAGUGGGGAUCCCCCACUCUACCAGCCCACCUGCCCCCACCAUAACCACCACCCCCACCACCACCAUCUUCACAAGCAAGUACCCACCACAGCAACCACAACUACCACCACCGCGACACCACACUACCAGUCCCCCUACGAUGUUUACAUCUACCAGCAACCACAGCAGGCACAGCAGCCACAGCAGGCACAGCAGGCACAGCAGUCACAGCAGGCACAGCAGCAGCAGCAAGAGGAAGUGAUUCAGGCACCAUCAUCCUACUCCAGUUUAAAUCCUUCACGACUCUACGACCUCAGUUCUGACUUCCACGACCCCAGAGAGAGUCCUACCUCCAGCAUGAUAGGAUCACCUGCUGGCUACACCACGCUGGGGCCACGCAGACGUAGAAAUGCCCCCUCCAAAUUCGCCAGUCUGCAGCGCCCACGGUCAUCCAACUCCCACGCCCACAUCCACACUCACCCGCAGAAUCAGCAGCAAAGGAGGUUCUCCUCAGUGAGCCAGACGGAAGGACAGCAUCGCCAGCUUCAGGAAGAGCGUUUAGUAAACCUUCCUGGCACCCCUGAAGCCGAUCAAGCCUGUCCUCGCGAUACACAGCCUCGUGGUAGUUUUCACAGCUUCGUUCCCUAUGAUCCCACGAACGUUCGUACUCACGACAGUGUCGGACAGGUGAGUGCAAUGCAGUUCACACACCAACAUGGCCACAAAGAGGUUCAUGAAGGCUCACUCGGCCGCUCUCCUGGCUCACAUCCCGAGUUCGUCUGUCCCAAACACGGCACUUACAACCCGAGUUCUGGCGACCACAGCACCCAGCUAGUUAGUGGCCACGGUUUAGUUUCUGGCCACCCCAACCAUGGUGUCAGGACGCAUGUAAGUAGCCAGCAGCACAUGGCAAGUCCCCAACAACGCAAUACUAGUCCCCAACAACGCACCACCAGUCCCCAACAACGCACUACCAGUCCCCAACAGCGCACUACCAGUCCCCAACAACGCACCAGCAGUCCCCAGCAACGCACCACAAGCCCGCAACAGCACACUGGCAGUCCCCAACAACGUUCUGGGAGCCCUCACCAUCGCACCAGCAGCCCUCAACACACCAGCCCUCAACAAUAUACAACCAAUCCCCAACAACACAUCACCAGCCCCCACAAACGCAACAGCAACCCUCAACAACACAUCAGCAGCCCCAUUCAGCGUACCAGCAGCCCCACUUACCAACGUUCAAACCACCCACACCAACGGACUGAGCCUACCAGGGAAUACUGUGGCGAUCUCAAUCGCAGAAGACCCUCCGAGGUAGUCGCCAGCGCCGAGGAGUCUUCUAAACCAUCGCCAGGUGUCUUGGAAUCAUCGGGAGGCGCUGCGGACGCUCCUGCCACCUCCGCCGAAGGGCGACCUCGAUUUCCGCACGACUUCGUGAGGCAUUUCUCCAGGACGGGGAGUCGAGAUAGCUACGAUGAACGAACGAAUUACAACACAGACACUAGCCGCAAGCACUUUCGGUCCACAGUAGUAGAUACCAGCCGUAGAUAAACGUAACAGUGUGUGUGUGUGUCGUUGUACUCGCCUGUUCCUGCGGUGGCUUCCAGGAAGACCACACGGAUUUUACAGUGGUUAAACACAGGAAUAAAAUAAAAGAGAUUUCGAUUUGUAACCGGUGAAACGUAAGCCACCGAAUAUUUUGUGAUUUUGUCGCUCAGAUGUGAUGAACAACAAGCUGAAACAUGAACUCUCACUUGCUGAUAUAUAAACUUUGGCAGGAUAAUAGCUCUUACUCUCGUUUAUAAUAUUACUUUUUCAUUUCAACGCAGUUCGUCGACAGCAGGUCUAACUUCGAAAAAAAUAGAACAAAAUAAGAGAAAACAUGUGAACGUCGACUUAGAGAAACCUUGAAGCUGUCAUGGUGACACACGUAGAGAGGUUUUAGUUUCUUGAAACAGUGGUGUUUAAUAUCCAGCCUGCCUCCAACUGCACACUACAAAUCACUCACUAGAGAAAAAUAUUUUUGUGACUAAAAAGUGUUGUUUUUCCCGUCUGGCUUACUAAUGUCGUAUUCCCCUCACGCUAGCCGAUGGCAAGACACUCACUUAGGAUUAUCUAUUUGAAAGUUAUAAGCUGAGUGUGACAAGUGUUAUGGACAGAACAUGUUCUGACAUACGUGACAUGGUCAGCAGACAGGUUGCACUUCCGAAGAUACACGCAACACAGUGUUCCAGACUUACAUGUUGAUCAACAUUCUGAGAAAUGUUGCUCAGAGGAACACCAGUAGAUGACAGUGACGAGGAAAAGUGUUAUGACAACUUCGAAAUUGUCUAGUUUGAUAA